UGUUGUGUUGCGAUGCGGAAGCGGCGGAUUUGUUUCACUUCCGGGUGGCGACUGGCUUCCACGUGCGCGUCACGUGGAGGGGAACGGGGAGCGGAGGAGAACUGGUAGCGAACGAAUUAUGGAGCCCGACCAAGUAAAGGAUCUUCUUGGAUUUUUGCAACAACAAACACGGCCAGACCUAAAAUCUCAAGUAACGCAGUACCUGCUGGGGUUAACUUCCAGCGCAGAGGGCAGAACCAUGCUAGCCAAGGAGAAGGCCAUCAUUGAAGCCUUGAACACUUUGAUCAAAGACCCAUCCCUUUCCAUCGUUAGUGAUUACUUUAAUAUACUGAUAAAUCUAUCGGCGGAUGAGUCGGUGUCUGAUGUAUUUAUGACUAAUAUACCAGUGUCUUUGCUGUUGUCCAAUAUGCUAAAACCAAAUUAUCACUUUUCAGAACAAAUAUGUGCCAUUUUAUCAAAUUUAACACGAGACGAAAGGGUGUGUAAACAUGUUUUAGAUAUCAUUAAUGCAAAUGACACUGGGUUAACUGGAAUUUUAGAUCUUUUUUUCAAUGAAGGUUUAAACAAAAACGGAAAAUUGCAUUACCUUGGCCCCCUUAUGUCCAAUCUCAGCCAACUUCAAGAGGUACGCCGCUUCCUGCUUGACAGAGAUAGAGAUGCCAUUCAACGAUUUCUACCAUACACUCAGUAUGAAGCAUCGUCAGUGCGAAGAGGCGGUGUGGUCGGUACUUUGCGCAACUGCUGCUUUGAUCACGAACAUCACGAGUGGCUCCUUGGGGAGCACGUGGACAUACUUCCCUUCCUGCUGCUGCCACUAGCCGGUCCAGAGGAGCUGGAUGAGAAGGACAUGGAAGGGCUACCAAUUGAUUUGCAGUACUUGCCAGAAGACAAGCAGCGAGAGAAUGAUCCGGACAUAAGACGGAUGUUGAUAGACACCAUCAUGCUGUUGGCAGCAACCAGUAAAGGGCGGCAGGUAUUGAAAGAGAAGAACAGCUACGUGAUCUUGCGGGAGCUGCACAAGUGGGAGAAGGAUUUACAGGCGCGCACAGCGUGCGAGAACCUGUUGCAGGUACUGAUUGGGGAUGAGCCAGCGGCUUCCAUGCAGAACCUGCUGAAAGUGCAAAUCCCUCCCCACGUGGAGCAGCACCUGCUCCUUCAGGACGAGGAGCAGCAGCAGCAACGAACAGACUAAUGCAACCGAACGGCUGACCUUGAUUCCAUUGUGUUUCAAAGGGCAGUGGUGUAAUCUGUUAAUUUGAGAGUAACAGAUUGCACACACAUCAACAUGUGAGCAAAUAUGUGGAUGUUUGCACAAUAUUACGUUUUGUGUUUCGUGGAUGAAAUGGAGGCAUUUGCUUCAAAAGGCAAUUUUCGUUUUUCAAUAAAAUAAGGAUGUAUCAUGUGCCCGCAGUAAGUGUUAACACUUUGCAUGUACAACAUGAGCAGAUGCUCUCUAAAUUACCAAAUCUGGAACAAAUUAUUUGUUGAUGCUACAUUAGCAGCGGCGGCGCCCAAGUACACAUUGGUGACAUUUUGGGCAAUUGCCCUUAGAGAGGCCAGAGAAAUAGAUUGGAUAAGGGUUGGAGGCUGCACAUAACACCAUGGGGCCUGAUGAGAAUUUAAUUUUAAACAUGUUUUCUGAUGACCAGUUUUUUUAUUGACGUUAAUAGUUAACAAAUAGUAAUGAAUAACAGACUCUUCAAUAUGCAAAACGUAUGGCGAAAUAAACUCAUUGUAAGUAAAAUAAAAUGCUGCUGCUACA